AUGCUCCCCGGUGUUCCAUUCCGAGCGCAGUCCCGUCGUGAGCGUCAUGCAUUCAGCGAGCCAGACCCCUUGAGCCCCUUGGACUCGGGCUACGGCUCUGCUUCUCCUCCUCCAUCGACGUCGAAGCGCUCCGUUAACGAAAAUCGGCCACCAUCGGCAGAGCUCCGGAUCCUCUACGAUGGCAAUCAAUCGGACUCAGAUGACCCGUUUGUCGACAGCGAUCAGGAGAACCUAUUCGCAAAUGUGGCGGAUAUCUCCCCCGGCUCACCCUCAGCAGCAUACCAGACACCCCAGGGAUUCCUGAGGGGAUCGGCCACUUUACCACGACAGUCGCCUCGCUCCCGUCCAGGGUUGCCUGGAGCAUUCUUCCCCUCUUACAGGAGUAGGUCUCAACAAAGGGCUCCUAACACCGCUUCGGUCCGCCGGUUAGACCGCUUCAUACCGGCAAGGCCUCUGGGCACAGAAGCUUCGGAGCGGUUUAAGACCGGCAAAGCGCCGCAUGAGUUGACGUCCACGGAAAGGUUGCUUCGGCACAGCGGAGCCACUGAGGACGCGUUUGUUUACCGGCGAAGGGUUGUUACACCUUUCGGAUUCAGGCCGCGCUCCAUAUCGCGCGGCGAAACUGCUGCCAGCCGCAACACAGUGGGCAAUGUGCUUGGCCCGCUCGACCAAAAUAGUAUUGAUGGAAAUGAAACACAGGUCGAUGCCAACAUCGCCUGGACUGUUGGUCUCGGAGGAACCGCUGUUAACAACGGUCGAGGCCAGCUCGUCAGGAGUGGAACGAACGCCCGCCUCUUUCGGACCACAUUUCCAACGGCGAAACCGAAAACUGACGAGGAGCUGGAAAAACACAAAGCCAGGCUCGCGGCCGCACUUGGGCUGGAUCGGGCGCACCGGGUGCUCGAGGUCAACGCUGCUAUCCAUCAUGGCAGCAAUCGCAGAAAACCGGGCUACGUUCACACACAUUGGAACGGCACGGAAUGGGUCAACGAUGGCCCCAUUCCGAAGCCACAGAAGCCCUUCGGGAAUCGAACAUUGCCCACAGCCCCAUUCAAAGUUCUCGAUGCGCCAAACCUGCGCGACGAUUUUUACUGCUCGGUUCUGGCAUAUUCUUCUACCUCCCGGACUCUUGCGGUCGGCCUGGGCAACCUGCUUUACGGUUGGUCCGAGACCAGGGGCGUGCAACUUCUAAACACUGGGACAGACCCGGACUGCUAUUUAACCAGCCUGUCUUUCUCGUCCGCCGAAGGUUGCAAGUCCAUACUGGCGUUUGGAAGAUCUGACAAGACACUUGGGUUGAUGUCGCUGUACGAUGGUCCGCACCCUGCUUCCUCGCGGGCCGGCCCAAAACCGCGGUUCGAAGUGAUUCAGCCCACCACUGUUGCCUGCCUGAGCUGGAAGCCCUCCUGCACCGUCCGGCCUUCCAAGGACCCUGUCCACCUUGGUAUUCCGGUGAAGAAUGAAGAUCUCUUAGUGGGCGACGAAACCGGCUUGGUCUACUACUAUGCCGUCGAGUGGCCAGAGCGAUGGGAGGUGGAGCGCCGUAACUGGCCGGGGAACAUGACGUUGUUGGCGCGCAUUGCCGCCCAUUCGCAACAGAUAUGCGGCCUGGCAUGGUCAAAGAACGGCGACGUCUUUGGCACAGGCGGGAACGACAACUUGUGUUGCGUAUUUGAGACUACCAGGGUGCUCGAAGCUCACGCAGCCCACUGCGUCCUUGACGAGGACCACCAGGCCGAGUCGUCGGCAGCAGCCCAUGUCCGUGGAGACAGUGAGGUAUCAGAGGCCCAGACGGAGAUUCAGGUCUCCCAAAGCCCAAUAUACGACCCGACCUUGCGCCUCGGACCAGGCGACGAAAAGCACCGGUGGGUUCACGGAGCCGCGGUCAAGGCUAUUGCAUUCUGUCCCUGGCAAGAGAGCUUGGUGGCUACCGGAGGGGGCUCCAACGAUAAGUGCAUCCACUUCUUCCACACCGGUUCUGGUGCCGCCCUCGCCUCCAUCUCCGUAUCCGCCCAGGUGACCAGUCUCAUUUGGUCAACAACCCGACGCGAAAUCGCAGCCACAUUCGGCUAUGCUCAGCCGGACCAUCCCGUCCGGAUCGCCGUCUUCUCCUGGCCGGACUGCCGGCAGGUUGCCGCCAUCCCUUGGGCCGGCGAGCACCGUGCACUUUACGCCAUCCCAUAUCCUUGCGGGCCCGAUGAGAUCGGCCCGUCGGGAUUAAAGGGCAAGGGAAGAGCUAAGAAGGCGCCGAGCCUCAGUCGCACCGCGAAGGAAGGCUGCAUUAUUGUUGCGUCGAGCGAUAAAAGCGUCAAGUUCCACGAGGUCUGGACGGCCGGCAAGAAGGGAACCGCUGGCGUGGCGGGUGUGUUGGGCGGGAGUCCUAUUCUUGAGUUUCUCGAGGGAAUCGACAGAGAGGGUGAAGUUAUUCGGUAG